UGUCUCCAAUGAGGUAACCAGUUGCCAAACUAACUGGCCCGACUGUUACUACCAUCUGUGUAGUUGGAAAUGGACCAGGUCCCACCAGACUCUGCCCAAAGCUUUGAGCGUUGGCUCAGUAAAGCCGUUGAAUGGGGUCAGACAAGCACCUUGGAAUCUCAGCAAGAUGUCUGCCUCCACUUGCCUAAAUUACAGGAGUUCCUACUGAACAUAAAUGAAUAUCUGAAACAUAUGAGUCCAAAUGCGGCGAUUGAAAGGUUCCCCACGAUAGGUCAACUUCUGGGGAGGCUGUGCUGGAAUUCCUUCAUUGCAGGUCAUGAGGACACUCGGAAGGCAUUGAUGUCUUGCUUGUUCUGCUUGUAUAGCAGAGAACCACACAAUGCUGUGGAAUUGAAAGCCAACGAUUGGAUUCAGAAUUUGCUAUGCCACCUCUUUUCUGCAUCGGUAUCGGGAUUAAAUGAAGACUCAAAAGCUAUAGAGCAACUUGGCUGCACAUCCGCUGACUACCAUGGGAAGCUUUUCAAGAAUACCAUCAAAUCGUUAAUUUCAAGGCUCAGAGGAAGUCGGUUUGGGGAAAGCAACGCUGAUAAUGCGCUCUCUGCAGAUGAUGUACGGGCACUCUCUAUAAGUUGUAUCCCGAUUCACACCAUGCCUGAUGUAAGCCCAUUGAUUGAAGCCCUGCUUGAAUACCAUGGCUCAGAACCAAAAGAAAUUCUUGAUGAGCUCUUUCUAGAUACUAUAAAUAAUUCCAUUAUGCAGAAGAAGAUUGCUCUAAGUGAAUCAGCAGUACUUAGCUUGUGGCUUCGUCAUUUGCCGAGCCUAGAAAAAGCCAUUCUGGAUCUAUUUCAAAGAUUAAUUACCAUCCAAAGCAAAUCAUUACAAGAAAUGGAACAGACUAUAAAAGAUUCAUACUUGCCUCAAGCCUCCUGUCACCCAGCCAUAUUUAGGAUUGUUGAUGAUAUUUUCAGAAAUGCACUGUUGGAGAGUGAUGGAAACAUCAGAGUUAUUACUAUUAUACGAUUAUUUACGUAUCACUUCAUCCAGCUGUACGAGAAGGAUAACCUCCAGCGCCGCUUUCCAUUGAGGACAUAUUUUCCACACAGCAGUCCAGCUCUUUUGAUGGCAUUGCUCAGACAAUCUCAAGGAUUGCCACCUAAUGUUUGUCGUCAGCAUCUGCAUGGUAUUGUUAAAAAGCUGCAAGAUGUGAUCAAUGACAAAAGGUCAAAUGAAAGUGUCUUUCAAACUUGGUUUUUACUGGUUCAUUUUGGAGACUGGGUGGAUAUGGCGGCAGAACAGUUAUUGACGUCAGAAUCUGAGAUUUCAGAUGACCUGCUGUGGCUUUUGGCAUUUUAUUACAAUCCAUGCAACGACAAGCAAGAGAGAAGUAAAACAAUGGUUGAAGCAAGGGAACUUUCUGAACGCUUGGUCAAGCUCCAUGCCGGUGCUUCUGUCUGCGCAGGAACGUUACGGGAAUUAUAUGAGGGGUGUAAAGAUGCAAAACGGAACUUCUGUACAAUGCAGCUGAUCAGGCAUCUCUGCAUCGCCUUUCUCCUUUUGUCUCCGGAGUGGCAUGUCAUCGCCAAGGAGUGUAUUUCCAGUAUGACUCAGACACAGGAAGCUGCCAGCGAAGUAUCUGACGUACUGGCUCGUACAGUGUGCAGACUUAAUAACACAGGAAUGAAAAAGGAAAAGAUAACCGACGUAGCCUAUGAGCUGCUUCAUGACGUUUAAUGCAAACGGGUAAACAAGGCCG